AUGGCACGAGUUGGUGAAGGAGAUCCGAGGUGGAUUGUGAAUGAGAGGAAGGAUGGUCAAAACGUAAAUGCGUGGCAUUGGGAAGAACGCGAUCUUUCUAAUGAGUGUCAUGGAGAACUGAAACGACGUUUUGCAAAUCUCGAGCUUUGCACGGAGGGUGACAUUAAUCUGCGCAUAAAGGAAGUAAGCGAGAUUUCAGGUGAUGUGACGGUGGCACAACGUAAGGGUAAAAUGAUGUGUUACUUUGAGCUUAAGUUGACAUUAAAGUGGACUGGUGGUGACAACGUCUCUGGAACUCUCACUGUACCAGAAGUGGAUCAUGAUAACUUUCGUGAGGAGUAUGAUGUAACUGUCAGUGUAACUGAUAAUGAUGCGGCAUCGCAGAAGGCAGACGAUUUGGUGCGUUCAAAAGGACGUGCUGUCGUUCGAGGUGUUAUUUCCGGUUACUUUAAUGAACUUUUUGAAACUUACCAUAUUGGAAAGAAUGUCAAGAACGCCUCUGUUUUACCACCACCACCAACAACAACAAGUAAAGACAAAGAUGCUGCACAAGGGAAUGCAAAGAGCGGUGCGGCGGGAAAACAAUCUUUGGAUGCGUCUGCAACUAACUUUUCAUGGAAUAUGCGCUGGCGAAUUCCAGUUGAUGAACUUUUCUUGGCGUUGAUGAAUGAGCAACGUGCGUCAGUGUACACGCGGUCUCCGGCGAAGAUUGAUCCACGUUCUGGUGGUACAUUUGAGUUCCUUGGCGGAGUUAUCACCGGAUAUUUUGUCGAGGUUGUACCGAAUGAGAAGAUAAAGAUGCAAUGGCGUCUUCGCAGUUGGCCGAGCGGCAUUCACAGUUCUGUUGUUAUGUCAUUCAAGAAGGAAGAACCAGGAGUUACACUGCUCGAAUUUGCACAAGUUGGUAUUCCUGAAGGCGAACUCCAGAGUGUACAAGAAGGAUGGAGAGCGAACUUCUUUGAUGCCAUUAAAAUGGUUUUCGGAUACUCAAUGGAAUAUAUAUGA